GGCCUCGCAGCCACAGGUCGGCGUUGCCCGAGGCGGACCCGGGCGCCCCGCAUCCAUCCGCUCCCGUCCCUUCCCAGCGCACCGCCGGGUUGCGAGCCUCGCCACUCCCGUGGCCUCCGCGAUCCUCCCCACGCCCCCCCGGGAGGGAGCGUUGCAACCGCCAGAGACACCGCAGGAGCCACCUCUCCCUGUGGGCCGCGCCCGCGGAGAGCCUGAGAGCGGGAUCUAUUUACACGCGGUAUAAUUAGUCUUUGAGGAGUAUUUCCCCGCGUGCCAAUGUAAUUGCCCGUGACGGGGAGGGCGCCUCUCCGGGUCACCGCCUUGCUGAGAAAUCACCACCACUGUGGUACCCUAAACCCCAGCUCGCUCCAGAGCGUCCCCCGGUGGCCGGGCUGGACCACGGACAGCGCACGAGACUGGGCUCCUGAGCAGCUUCUGGGCUUCCAAGCUUCGCGGGUGUAGAAGCGUAGCUGCUCCGUGCGCCGGCAGCCUCCGGGUUCUCGUCACCCCACUCCUUCUGCAGAAAUGUGGACAGCCCGCGCCUGCCCUGGGUCUGUCUUUCUUCCGAAAGGCCAGUGUCUUUAUCUCUGACGUUCAAGUUCCGAGGACUUGUCCAGUUCUUCUCCCCCUAAGUCAUCUCGAGCAUCCUCUAGUAGCCGCGGGAAGCCGGUAGUUCUGAACUGUUUUUCCCAGUGCUGGCAGUCCGGGUCGGUCCGGAGCAGCAGCCGGACGGAUUCCUCUCUCUCUCUCUCUCUCUCUCUCUCUCUCUCUCUCUCUCUCUCCCUCCCUCCCUCCUUCCUCCCUCUCUCCUCCUUUUCUUCUCUCUUCCUAUCUUUCCUCUUUUACUUUCCCCCUCCCUCUCUUGUCUCUUAAGUUUCCUGCACCGUGAAUCCAACUGUGCCAAGCCUAGGCUUCCGCGGAACCAAUCCUGAGCGCGACCCCGACACGGAGACGCCAACUCCAUCGAGACUGGACCAGGCAGCCGGGCCAGUCCGUUCUCGGGCAUGGAGAUCAAGCGCCUGGGAGGGCACGUCCGGAGUGCCGGAGACGCCAGGCCCGAGUAGCCCCUCCAUGGACCCUCCCCAGAACUGCCGCGGCUCACCGUAUUCGUCCCCUGUCCUGUCCGGCUGCUGAGAGCGCUCCUUGCUCUGUAAAGUGGAUGUCAGGUGGAUCUAUGUUUUUGAAGGAACAAAGACUCAGCGAAGGCACCGCCGAGGAAGUUUGAGACGCGGGAGGAUGCAGGCUGCGUGCUGGUACGUGCUUCUCCUCCUGCAGCCCACCGUCUACUUGGUCACAUGUGCCAAUUUAACAAAUGGCGGAAAAUCAGAACUUCUAAAGUCAGCAAGCAGCAAAUCCACACUAAAGCACAUAUGGACAGAAAGCAGCAAAGACUUGUCUAUCAGCCGACUCCUGUCACAGACUUUUCGUGGCAAAGAAAAUGAUACGGAUUUGGACCUGCGAUAUGACACCCCAGAACCUUAUUCUGAGCAAGACCUCUGGGACUGGCUGAGGAACUCCACAGAUCUUCAAGAGCCUCGCCCCAGGGCCAAGAGAAGGCCCAUUGUUAAGACGGGCAAGUUUAAGAAAAUGUUUGGAUGGGGUGAUUUUCAUUCCAAUAUCAAAACAGUGAAGCUAAACCUGUUGAUAACUGGGAAAAUUGUAGAUCAUGGCAAUGGGACAUUUAGUGUUUAUUUUAGACAUAAUUCCACUGGUCAAGGGAAUGUAUCUGUCAGCCUGGUACCCCCCACGAAAAUUGUGGAAUUCGACUUGGCACAACAAACCGUGAUUGAUGCCAAAGAUUCCAAGUCCUUUAACUGUCGCAUUGAAUAUGAAAAGGUUGACAAGGCUACCAAGAACACACUCUGCAACUAUGACCCUUCAAAAACCUGUUACCAGGAGCAGACCCAAAGUCAUGUCUCCUGGCUCUGCUCCAAGCCCUUUAAGGUGAUCUGUAUUUACAUUUCCUUUUAUAGUACAGAUUACAAACUAGUACAGAAAGUGUGUCCCGACUACAACUACCACAGCGACACACCUUACUUCCCCUCGGGAUGAGGAUGGACGUGGGGAUGAGACUGAAGACUGAGGAAUUAAAGGUCAUGUGACAGGGCUGUUACCUCAAGGAAGAUGGCCACAUCUGUUGCCUGGAAUGUGUCUACACUGCUGCUCUUGUCAACUGGCUGCAAAUAUGCUAGUGGAAAACAUCUGAUGUAAUUUCUGCCCAGUCAGCUUCAUCUCUCAGUAUAGUUGUAAAUCACACACAGAUGCACACAAACGCACACUCAUACACAUUUCAGCUUGUGUCCUCCAUGCUCCCUGUUGAGAGGGCUUUCAUUAUCUGGCUCAUAAUGGUUUAGGAUAAACUGUCAUCAAGCAAAAGGAUUAACUAGACAGAGAAUGGUUUCUAACACAUGCUGUCAUGGAAAUCUCUUUUAAAGUCUUGAGUACAUGCCAAUCAAUAAUCCCCACUCAUGCCUUUCUACUGCUUGGAGUAGCUGUACUGGUAAAUACUACUGUAGGAGUAUAUGCUUGUUAAAAUGGAAAAAAAUGUGUCUUUAGAUCUCAGUAUCUUUAUUUUAUGAACACAACAAAGUGUAGUAACUUCUUUUCAGUACAUAGUAGGCACAUUCAAGGUGAUACAAGAUGGCUCUUUUUUUUAUGAAGGGAGCCGGCUCUCAGUAGAGAUGAGCAAACAUUUUGAAUUUACAUGUGGGCAGACAUUGGGAUUUACAGCUUUCAUCAACAAUCACUGGACUUUUGUGAAGUUGAGACCAGCUAAGGCUGCUUAACACAAGUUCUGAUCAUUAUAUAGGAAGGAAAAUGCCUGACAGACACCAUGUAAGUUAUAAGUGUCUGUCUUAUCUUUACUACACAUAUUGUAACAAAUUCAAUAUCCUAGUCUUCAUUUGUAUGAAUGGUUUGUAUUGUACAUAGUUUCACCAAGUGUUAUUUGAGCUGCUUAUUAAUAUUAACUUGUACUUGUCUUUCUGCUUGUUAUUGGUUAAAAAAGAAAACAAAGAAUAUGAGGAAUCCAUUUUAUCAAUGUAGCCGUGAACUUCAUUAAAAAGACAAACUUAAUGUACAAACAUUUAUUCAGCUCAAGUAUUGUUGAAAGCUAUACAUAUACAACAUUACAGUCUGUCUGUAUUUAGAUAUUUUAUUUCUGGACAAAAAUGAAAUGUACAUAAAAAUAAAACACUUAGAGUUUCAAUAUGUACUUGUGUAAGAUGGUGAUUUAAAUGGUUCUGACAAGAAAAAUGUGCUGGAAUACAGUCAUGGUUUGCAUCUCAUGUCUCUAAAUUUGUGCAGAACUAUCUAAAUUGCUAUUAGUUGCCCAGUCAAAACAACUUAAGAGUUUUACUCUCAAGCCUGGGAAACUAUUGUGGUGUACAACAUGGCACACAUUUUUGGUUUACUGUCAUGUUAGUUAUUGAAGAAUACUAAAACUUGAAGAACAUAAGGAGAUAACUGAGAUCUCCUAAAUUAAUUAUAACUAGUUGAAUUUUUCCUGUACAGAGUUAUUAUUUAGCAGGGUGAUUGAAAGGAAGGCAGUUUUGCUUUUCUUUAAAAGAAAGUCAAGAUGUCUGAAGAUUGUGGCUGAAUUUCUCUGAUUCUGCUAUAAUAACUCAAGUCAAUGAGGAAAUUGGGAUAGCAAACAAAGGGAUUCAGUGGUGAAUUUCUCUUGACCAUAUGGGACCAAACUACAUAGCAUUGUUUACAGAUAUUAAAC